CACCUGUUUGUCUCCCUGACUAUUGUUUGGGAUUUUUUGCCCCCAACAAGAUGAAUCUGAGGCAUAUCAUCACAGUGGAGCCAGUUGUCUUUCUCUUCUUUACUGGGUCUUUCUUGUGCACACCAGCACUGCAACAGCUUGCACUGAAAAAGAUUUGUGAGGAGAUAUAUAUUAAAGAAGAAAUAUGUGGGGAUCUCACAUACCAUCUGAAAGAGUCUCAAGUUGUCCAAAGUAAAGUUUCCUAUUUUUUGCUUUUCUACACUUCUAUCCUGACCUUCGUGUCCAUCCCACCAUCUAUUUUGCUUGGCUCCUGGUCCGACCAGGGGCGUCACAAGCUUGGCAUGAUCUUACCCAAUAUUGGUGCAGCGUUCAGUGGAAUUAUCUUCAUAGCAAUUGUGGAAGUUGAAGGCAUGUCUAUCUACUGGUGUUUUCUUGGUGCAACAUUUAUGGGACUGUCUGGGAAUUAUGUUGCGAUUAUUCUCAGUAUCUUUAGUUAUGUGGCGAGUAUUACAGACCAGCAGAACCGUACCUUGCGUUUUGGGAUAGUGGAGGCUAUGAUCCUCAUUGGAGGAACUGUUGGAUUCCUGCUGAGCGGCUGGCUGCUUCAAUAUUAUACCUACAUUUUUGUUUUCAGUGUAUUUUGCGGGUGUCAUUUAGUGUCUAUUUUGUAUGUGAUCCUGUGGCUGCGGGAGCCAGACGAUGUUCCCGAACAAGUGAUGGAAGCUCCCCCUGCUACAAGUGGCACCACCCAGAUAGCUUCUAUUUUUUCACCUUUUGUAGAAAUGUGGCAUUCCUUUUCCAAGGUGCGAGAAGGACAAGACCAUUUCAAGCUCCACCUCAUUUUCAUUUGUUGCAUGCUCAUCAACAUUUCCAAUGCAGGUGAGAUGUCAACUAUAAUUCUAUUUCUGAUGUAUCCACCACGCCACUUUUCCAGUGAACUAUAUGGAAUAUUCACCGCCGUUAAGAUGUUUCUUUCAGGAGCUGCCAUGCUAUGUCUCUUCCCAUUAUUACUCCGCUGCAUCAAUGAAAUGACGCUGGCCAAAGUGGCAUUAUUGGUGAGGGCUGUAUCAUUUGUUCUGCUGGCCUUAUCCACGCACAACUUAACAAUAUUUCUGAGCGCUGUAUUGAACUGUAUUUCUGGCUUCAGUAUGGCUGUGUUGCGCUCAGCAACAUCCAAGAUCGUGCAAGCAAAUGAACAAGGUGCAAUAUUUUCCUGUAUGUCAUCUAUGGAAAUGUUGUGUAUUUUAACUGGAGUGGGUAUAUUUAAUUCACUUUAUCCACAAACACUCACAUCAUUUCCUGGAUUUGGCUUCAUCGUAAUGGCAGGCUUCCAAGUGAUUGUGCUGAUCCUCAUACAGUAA